AGCCCAACACCCUUGCAGAGGUUCUAAAAGUCCUUGUAAAAUGCUGGUUAAGCAUAAAAUAAGACGGUUAUUGCUCAUGGUGCCAGGAAAGAAGCGUUUUGGUGUGUAUAGAUUUCUUCCUUUCUUCUUUAUCCUUGGAGGUGCUAUGGAGUGGUUCAUGAUCAACGUCCGAAUCGGAAAAGAGACUUUUUAUGAUGUUUACCGUAGAAAGCGGUCUGAAAGACAGCAUGAAAGUUUGGAACAAAGAUGAUUUUUCGCAUUGAGUAGCUCAUAUGAAUUCUGAAACCUAAAUUCAAUAAAUAAGAGAUAUUUACUGUUAAAAGAAAUGUG